AUGUCCAGGCGCACCGACUGGACACCUACCAUCCCGGAGCUGGUCGACGUACGUCUGGCGCGUCUGACACGGACACAGCGACCACUCCCAACAUCAUCGCCUCGCACCGCUCGAGCCCAGGCCGCCGCUGAACGGGCUAGCAGCUCGUCUCGCGACAGCCUGGCGUCAUCCCCAAUCCCUCCCGUGGUCACCGUACCGGCCGAAGCAAAGCAGGAGCUCGCCGAGGCCUCACUUCGAGACCAGUUUGACAUUCCCGAGGAUGAGGCCGAGAUCGCGCACCCUGGUCCGCAAGAAACACUCACCACGCGUACCCGUACCUCCCCUCCUGCCACCAGUGUUGCCCACACGCUUGCCGCGCUGCCGACGAGUGAGCCCACCACGCCUCGUCGUGUGCACCUCCCCAUUCACAUUGGCAACCGCCUCCUCGAGCUUGCGCAGUCGACGAGCGCCAUUUACCGGGUGGUGGACCGUGCACGGUGCCAGCUGGGCGGUACUGGCGUGGUCACAGCUGCGCUGUUUAGCGAGAACGGCGUGUUUUCGAUCUUGUCGAGGUGGGGCGCAGAGCUCGCGAUUGUCGAGACCGCCCGCGUGGUACUCUUCACCGCGGACGCCGACGAUGGGCUGGGUCGCCUUCUCGAAGACUGCUUGGAGCGCGGUGGCGCCAUUGUUCUUCUCGACUCGUCCGAUCUUGUGGCCAACACGGCCCUCUGGCACAAGUGCAUGUCGGAGAUGGUGCAGACCAUGACGGUCGGCAAGGACGCGGUGCUCGUGGUGGUGCAGACGCACUCUGGCAGCAAGCACGACACGACCACUGCCGCGCCACUCGUGGCCCUCUUCCAUAGCCGCAAGGUCGUCGAGCUGCCCGAGGUCGUGCGGAGCGUAUCCACCAACCUGUCGACACCUUGGGGACAGUACGCACGACCGGCGAGUCGAGCACGCAUGCUCGCAUCUCUCGCAUCGGUCUACCCCCACUCGCCCGAGGUCCGCAACGCCGUCCUCGCCCUCGACGACCUGCGCAAGGGUCGCCCCCUCGAGAACGAGACCGCCAUCACUGGCGGCGUCGACAAGAGUGUGACAUUGGAGCGCCUUGUCCCCCUCUCGCCCGGUGCAGUCAAGCUCGCUCGACCUCUCGGAGUGGUCGAUCCGCUGUCGGCAAUGGUCGUUGAUCGCAUGGUGCGCUGCGGCUACGGUCUCGCCCCAGGUGCCGAGAACGACAUCGAGAACAGGGUCACGGCUGCCAUCCUCUCGGGCGGUCUCGUCCACAAGAACGUGGGAUCGGGUGUUGAUGUCAUUUCCAACGUCCUCCGCCGCCGAGGUGUUCACAGCGUCUCGACGGCACUCCUUGUUCACGCUCGCGGCGAGGUCCGGGUCUUGGACUACUCGUGUACGAGCCCAGACGAGAUGACCGACCGACAGCUGCAGCGGUAUCUCGAGGUGGUGGCGGGUGCGACCCCCAUUCGAAUGUCCCUCGUGGUCACCCAGGACGUCUUCGAGGGUGACCUCACCGGCGACCUCCUCGUCUCCACUGCCCAAGGCUCCUAA